UUUCCUUAUGAAGGCGAAGCCGCGUCGCCAGCAGUAUCUGUAACCUAUGAACUCGCGAGUGUGCCAGACCAGUCCUCCGCCAUAUUGACUGUUGUCUUGACUGGAGGAGAGAGAGAAAUGUUUGUGGUCCGAAAAUAAACGAAAGUGUGCUCUUGGAAUUACCGAAACUGGUGCAAACUUGCCAAAACGCUUUGCAGACACCAUCGCGAUGGCAAGGAAGAAAAGCAAGCAGCAAGGCGUCGCUCAGAAGGAGCUUGUACCUGGGCAGCAGACCGUACCGAAGAAUCCAGUGUCUCCCGGCGAUGCAACUGGCGGCGAAGGAGGAGAUGCUGGAGUGGAGAGCCUGGCCACCACCAGGGCGAACCAGCCGAUGCAUACCUGCUGCCUUUUAUGCCACCGUGAAUUUAAGGACUGGGGGGCGAACUCUGUGAAUGGGCUCCCUAGGGGACAUGGCACCCAACUGGCAGACGGCGUGCCUGCACUCUCCCAGGCCUUAUCGUGGGAGGCGCCGGCGGGUAAGGUGGCCCAGUCCUUGCUUGGAGAGCUGCCUCUAUGGAUCUGUCAGGGCUGCUGCAAGAGUGUGGAGGAAGAGGAGAGACGGAGUGCCCAGGAGCAGCCAACAGGGGUACCAUUGUCACACUCUUCCUCCUGUAAGUCCCAGGGCUGUGGGAAUGGUUACCCAGAGCAAAGUACUGUGGAUUGGGACCCGAGUUCCUUCCUGUCAGCCCACAAACUGUCUGGGCUCUGGAACUCAACCCACACCAAUGGAGGGGAACACUGCAACCACAAUGCCUCCUUACACAUACAACAAGGUAUAACAACCGCAUCAGUCUGUCAUGAGAAAAGAGGACUCCACGAAGCACCUGGUAAAUCUGCUAAAACGUCGGUAGCCAAAGUGUGCCCCUACAGUCACCCGCUAACUCAGAAUUCCAGUGGCUCUUCUGCUGGGACCCCUCUCUCUACCUCAGCUGACCUGUGCAAGACCACUCCCAAGGAUUUCAAGAACGUGUUCCGUCGACCAUCGCCACCAGACACCAUCGCGAUGGCAAGGAAGAAAAGCAAGCAGCAAGGCGUCGCUCAGAAGGAGCUUGUACCUGGGCAGCAGACCGUACCGAAGAAUCCAGUGUCUCCCGGCGAUGCAACUGGCGGCGGAGGAGGAGAUGCUGGAGUGGAGAGCCUGGCCACCACCAGGGCGAACCAGCCGAUGCAUACCUGCUGCCUUUUAUGCCACCGUGAAUUUAAGGACUGGGGGGCGAACUCUGUGAACGGCCUCCCUCGGGGACAUGGCACCAAACUGGCAGACGCCGUGCCUGCACUCUCCCAGGCUUUAUCGUGGGAGGCGCCGGCGGGUAAGCUAGCCCAGUCCCUGCUGGGAGAGCUGCCUCUGUGGAUCUGUCAGAGCUGCUGCAAGAGUGUGGAGGAGGAGGAGAGACGGAGUGCCCAGGAGCAGCCAACAGGGGUACCAUUGUCACACUCUUCCUCCUGUAAGUUCCAGGGCUGUGGGAAUGGUUACCCAGAGCAAAGUACUGUGGAUUGGGACCCGAGUUCCUUCCUGUCAGCCCACAAACUGUCUGGGCUCUGGAACUCAGCUCACACCAAUGGAGGGGAACACUGCAACCACAAUGCCUCCUUACACAUACAACAAGGUAUAACAACAGCAUCAGUUUGUCAUGAGAAAAGAGGACUCCACGAAGCACCUGGUAAAUCUGCUAAAACGUCGGUAGCCAAAGUGUGCCCCUACAGUCACCCGCUAACUCAGAAUUCCAGUGGCUCUUCUGCUGGGACCCCUCUCUCUACCUCAGCUGACCUGUGCAAGACCACUCCCAAGCAUUUCAAGAACGUGUGCCGUCGACCAACACCACCAGGUGAAGCCUUCCAUGCCAGCGACCAUCAUCAACACACAGACUUGUCAGUACCCCCCAAUAGUCCCACGGGCCUGUCUUCCCAGCAUUCCUCCCUCUUGCCCCCAAAGCCGAGUUCGGGACAACACAACCACGUAACCUCGUCAUCUGCCACUGGUGUCGCAGGCCAUACCCCCUUCACCCCUCUGGUACCAAACCUCCAUGGGCCCACAGCUAAAAGGGCUUCUCCCAGUCCAGACAGCCCAACAUUAGUUCACAAGCCCAGUCCGUGCAAAAACUCCCACAUUCCUGCUGUGAAUACACAACACGGCAAAUCGGGCCCAUCAGUGGCAGGUUGUAACCACCCUUGUAAUGCGCACAGUACGGGAAUGGUGGCCUCUACAAAUGUGGGCAGCUUGUCAACUGGGGCCUGCAGGGACCAAGCAUGUAAAGGGCACAAGAUGACUAAUGGGACAAUGUGUGAGAAACUAGAGUUAGAGGAAGUGGAGGAUGAAGACAGCAGCUCUGAGAGGAGCUCUUGUGCCUCCUCUUCCACUAACCAGAAGGAUGGGAAGUACUGUGACUGCUGUUAUUGCGAGUUCUUUGGACACAAUGCGCCCCCAGCCGCUCCAACCAGUCGGAACUAUACUGAGAUCCGAGAGAAGCUCCGAUCGCGACUCACCCGACGCAAGGAGGAGCUGCCUCAGCGCCAGGACUCGGAAUUGACAGGGUCCGGUGCUAUUGACAACCGGGAUGUGGAUGAAUUGCUGGACUUCAUCAACAGUUCUCAGCCCAAACCUGUAAACAGUGCCAAAGCGGCCAAAAGGGCUCGGCACAAACAAAAGAAGAAGGAAAAAGCUCUGCAGGGCAACGUGAGUGCUGCAAGCAAUGAUCCCCUCUCCAAUCCAUCAGAGUGCAUAGACGAGCCCACGCCUGACACUGCAGAGACUUCACGGUUAUUGGAUUGGCCCCAGCUGGAACUUGAGCGGGUCAACAGUUUUCUCACCAGUCGGUUGGAAGAGAUAAAAAACACCAUCAAAGACUCGAUCCGGGCCUCGUUUAGCAUGUACGAUCUAAAUCUGGACGUCAACGAUUUCCCGAAAAAGGCGGCCACGCUGGAGGGCAACCAUUUACUGUCCCAUCUGAACAGGUCCUCUGACUUGCAGCAGAUAGACCUCGACUUGGCCCCCCUUUCGCUGGGAACCUUUAAGAACCAUCUGGACCUGGUCAAUGGAUGGGAGGACACAAAUGCUUCCCCAAAUACCACCACAGCCACUGGGAUCACGGGCGUGUCCAAAGAUGUCCAACGCUUGAACACUACGCCAAGUGUCUCCAAGCUCACUAGAGUCCACUCCCCGGAAAAAUGCACUUCCUCCGGAUCUGACAGUUUGCCACACGUACCGGCCCAAGUUACAGCAAAAUCAAAGGAGGACUUCUCAGAUUCUAAGAACAGCACUGUUGGGAAUGGCAGCACAAAGUCAAAGAAGAGUAAAAAGCAGCAACAGCAAAAACAGGAGCAAUCGUUUUCAGAGCACAAUUCCAAAGUCACCGAGUCAAGGGUAGCUGAAAUAAUCUGUAAUGGCUCAAAAGCUUCACUCAAACAGCUUCAGCAAGCAGCGGACACCCAGAAAAACGGCCUGAAGAAAGCUGAGGAGAGCAGAUCAUCCAGAAAUGCUGCAGCCAAUGGAGCGAACAUUGCCCUCUCAAAUGCACACAAGGUUAAAGGUGACACAGAAAUGCGAACAAGGCGAUGUGAGCAGGAUUCCGAAAGCAAGGCUCAUCCCGCGAUUCCGGCAAACGGGCAGCAUCAGACGCAAUCUAAGGGGAAAAAUAAGAAGAACAAGAACAAGGGUGAAAAAUCCACUAGUGCUAUUGAUGAUGUAUUUCUUCCGAAAGAUGUAGAUCCAACACAAAUGGAUGAAAUUGAUCGGGAAGUGGAAUACUUUAAAAGGUUCUGUCUUGAUUCGGCAAAACAAACCCGCCAGAAGGUCGCUGUGAAUUGGUCCAACUUCAGCCUCAAAAAAGUUCCCUCCAAUGCAGCUCAAUAGCUGACAAGAGCCAGGAAAUAAAACUACACACCACAAACUCUUUCAAUAGAGCUGUGCUUGGCCUGAGACCUUCUCUCAUUCCGUUUUCUUCUUGUUGAGUAGAGGGAACUUAUUCACAAUAUCGCACUCAUUCAAAAGACUGACAUUCAACCGGUGGCUCGUCAGCCAGGGAUCAAUAUUAAGGACAGCUCUACUUUGUUGUUUUUUUGUUUUGUUUUUUUGCUGUUAUGGCAAUGUUCACCAAGUUACAGGUCCUAAAUGGCAAAACUAGUGUGUUUGUCCACUGCAUCCAUGUUAUGGAAUAUGUAGUAUGUAAACAUUUACCUUACAUUAAAUAAAUGUUUUUAUCAGAAAUUUGACAUUUUAACAGUGUUAAACUUCUGGACUUCUAUUCUGGUGCUCCCCCAUGAUGUUACACACCAGCUUUUACAUUCAGCAUGUUUGACAAAUGUCAAUGUUUACUCACAAGCAGAACACAAUAUACACCAUGUGCAGAAUUAUUAGGCAAGACUCAUUUUUAAGGAUUUUUAUUAAAUCACCAACCACUACUUUAGAUUAAUCCAAAAUAUUAAUAAACCUCAAACAAGAAUAUGUAAGUAGCUGAAACUCACUUUUAUAUUUAUUUGUUUAAGUGAGAACUAUCAACAAACACCUUAAAACUUUCCAGAAGAAACUGAUAUUAUAUAUUGCCAAAAUGAUUCGCUCACCUGCCUUCAAAUUUAAGUGACAUCCCAUUCCUAAUCAAUCCAUAGGGUUCAAUAUGACGUUGGACCACCCUUUGCAGCUAUAACAGCCUCAACUCUUCUCAGAAGGGUCCACAAGGUUUAGGAAUGCGUUUAUGGGAUAUUUGACCAAUCUUCCAGAAGCGCUUUUGUGCCCGCAUCAAUCUCUCUUCCAUGUCUUUAUGGACAUUGCCCAUUCCAGUAUCCCACCUCCACUUUGGUGGCAUCUUUUGAGUCAAAGUGGACCUCUGUUCCCGUUAGUGAUCCGGCCACAGGUCAUUUCAGUCCAUAAAACCUUUGAGAAAUCUGUCUUCAGAUAUUUCUUGGCCCAGUCUAGACGCUUCAGCUUGUGUCUCUUGUUCAGUGGUGGUCUUUUUUCAGCUUUUCUUGCCUUGACCUUGUCUAUGAACACUUAACAUCUUGUACUUCAAUGUAUUCCAGGUAGGUUGCAGUUCUGAAUUAUGACAGAACUUGAAGAUAAUGGGUUCCUGGUAGCUUUAAGCUUGAUUCUUCUCAAAUCCUUGGCAGUUAAUUUGCAUCUUUUUCUCUUGCAUCUUUCUUGCGACCCUGUUGACUAUUCACAACAAAACAUUUGAUGGUUCUGCAAUCACACCCCAAUAUCUGAAGAUAUUUCAAGAGUGCUGCAUCACUGAAACUUCUGAUAAUUUUUUUACUUUUCUGAGUCAGUUAAAUCUCUUUUUUGGCCCAUUUUGCCUAAAGAGUAUAAGCUGCCUAAUUAAUAUGCACACCUUUAUACAGGGUGUUGAUUUUCUAAGGCCACACCCACACAUUACACAGCACCUGCUAUGCUUAAGGCUAUUAAGCAUUCAGGUGUAGCCAGCUGGGAGCUAAGAAAUAUGCCCUAAAAGUGAUGAUAUGGUUCAAAUACUCACUUGUCUAAUAAUUCUACACAUGGUGUGUUUGGUGACUUUCUCCAGGUGAAAUGGGCAUUGAAAAAGAUGCACUAUGGGAAAAAUAUACUGUUGUAUUAGUUUGAAAUAAUAUUAAGCAAAUCCAUUUACAUACACAAACACUUUGUAAGAUUUGUUUGCACCCCAACACGUAUGAAGGUUAUUAAUAAAGUGCCCUUGCAUUAUGUGUUAGAGAAAAUGUGGUCAAAAUGUAUUGCCUCAACGUCAUUACUUGUUGCCCAAAACUGUCUUUUAUAGAUGUUAGCCAGAAUAGUUCAAUAAUCCAAACAUUAGCCCUUUACAUCAGAGGCAAGGAUUAUUUUAUCGUUUGAAUCUCAACUCAAUUCAUUUUGAUGCUUGGACAUAUAAGGUAGUUAUUUUGGGCCCUUUUGAGCCUUUGACGUGUUACAAGAGCUUAUGUUUGAGUGAAACAUGUUCAACCAAUCAUAAAACUUUUUUUGUUUCGUGUUGGACUUCUAAGGUUUGAUCAUUUUUUAAGGAAAAUCUUAAUAGCUUCCGAAAAACAGCUGCAUCAAUAGCCAAGUUUUAGCUGAUGGUUAUCAUUGGGAUAGAUAAAUUCUAUCUUCAUUCGGUCAUUUUGUUUCCGUACAGACAACUCUGAUGCUCUCCCGGUUUCAUUCAAUUAGAGAAGAGUAUCUUAAUAGUUUGAAUGUAGAUUUAUACAAUUCCAAUGAUAGCUAAGUGUAUGCUGGCUGGUUUUGUUUGGGGGAAAAAAAAGUUUUGAUACUGUGAAAAAUCUUUCUUUCCGGAAGAUUAAAAUGAUGCGGUUUUGGCAAAAGUA